AUGGCAUCGUCUGGAUCGGCCGACGAAGAUUUCCAGUCUCGCGUUGCGAGGAUCUUCGGAUCUCUCGCCUUCCCUCGCUCCUCGUCUUCUAGCUUAUCCACGGCUUCUGCUCCGGCGCCGCGGCAGCAAUCGGGCUCGGUAUGGUCUAUCUCCGAUAAAGAGGUGGAGAAACGUGAGUGGAAGAGGGAGCAGCUCGCUUCGUACGAUAGGGACGAGAUGCCUUGUGCGUCAUCGUUCAACGAGCUGCUGCAGCAGAGGAUGUCGAGCACUGCUCGGAAGCCGUUAGAGGGAGAGGAUGAUGUAGAUGAAGUUGCUAACGAGGAUUUUGAUGAUGAAUGGGGCAUUAGAGCCUCCAUGGGCCUUGAUCGCACUCUCGAUGACGAGGAAGAAGAAGAUGAGUUUGAUAAAGUGGCACUAGGAGAAGAGUGUGGCGGUGAAGGCUUGCCUACGAAAGAUGCGCUUUCUGAAUCGUCUGGUGGACGGGUUCGUGAUCCUCGUGCUAACCAUAUAGCUGCAAAAAUUAGGCUGAAGGAAGACGAGAUCGAGGCCAGCAAAAUUAGCGCCUCUAAAAGCAAAGCGCCGCACUCAGAAGAAUCGUCCAAAGCUGUGCCACCAAAACCUAUACUCAAAAGGAAAGAGAAUAGUUCAGAUUCAGAAGCAGCAACAAGGACGAGCAAGCGAGUCAGGUUUGAUGUUGAAACAUCAAAGAAGCCUGAAGAUACUUGUUCAGCUUCUGCCUCCGUGAAAAUCGUAUUGCAGCAGCAGGGUAAAAGUGGUGCUCGCGUACCAGAUUACUUGGUGAAUCCUUCGAAGUACACAUGUUACAGCUUUGAUCCAUCUAGCGAAUCGAAAGAGAAGUCCCCAACGCUAGAGGACAUGGACAUUCCCAAGGCUGUUGAAGGAUUAGAAACUUCAGAGUCGGAAUCAUUCAAGAAAGUCUCCUUUAUCCCGCAGAAGAAGACCAAGGACGACGUGAGAGAAGACAGUAGUAACUGUAGCGAGACAAAGCCUAUUGCAGCUGCGCUGGUGGCAGAGGAUGAGAUAGCAAGUGCAACAGGAGAUGAGGAUACUGAAAUAGGAGAAGAAUCAGAUAGCUGCACCAGUAUCAAAAUUAAGGGUCGUCAAUAUCGUGCCAAACGAAGUUUAGAAGAAACAGAUGUCUGA